AGACAGAGACAGUGUGCGCUGGGGAGGGGCAGAGAGAGAGGGAGAGGAAGAAUCUCAAGCAGGGUCUGCACUGUCAGCACAGAGCCUGAUGUGGGGCUCAAACUCAAGAACUGUGAGAUCAUGACCUGAGUGAAACCCAGAGUCGGACACUUAACCCACUGAGCUGCCCAGGAGCCUCUAAAGUUAUGGCCUCUUUAAAUAGUGAUAACAAAUUUUUGUUUGUAUAUACCACAAGUAUUUUUUUCACUUUGUCUUCAUUUUGGUGCCAUAAAAUAUUCAUAGAUACACAGUUACACCUUAUAGUUUUUUUGGGGUGGCAGUAAACAAGGUGAUUAAAAAUGGGAUCUUUGCAAAGUAAUUAAGGUAUAUAGGGUUAGAGCCGAUCCUUGAGUAACACAGGUGUGAACUCUGCAGGUCCACUUACAUGCAGACUUCGUCUGAUCAGCAUGGUACGGUACAGCACCUAAAUGUAUUUUCUCUUGAGUUUUUGAAAAAAGUUUUUUUUUUUAAUGUUUAUUCAUAUUUUGAGAGAGAAAGCACAAGUGUGGAAGGGGAAGAGAGAGAGAGAGAGGAAGACACAGAAUCCAAAGCAGGCUCCAGGCUAAGCUGUCAGCACAGAGCCUGAUGCAGGGCUUGAACUCACGAGCCAUGAGAUCACGACCUGAGCCGAAGUUAGAUGCUUAACCUGCUGAGCCACCCAGGCCCCCCUUCUUAUGAUUUUUUUAAAUAACACUUUUCAUCUGGCUUAUUUUAUUAUAAGAAUACAGUAUGUAAUACAUACGCCAUGCAAAAUAUGUGUUAAUCUGCUCUUUAUGUUAUUGGUAAGGCUUCUGGUCAACAGUAGGCUGUUAGUAGUUAAGUUUUUGGGGAGUCAGAAGUUAUACCUGCACCUGCAUGGGGGAUCAUCGAUGCUUCUAGUCCCCUUGUUGUUCAAGGGUCAGCUGUAUAGAGUAUGCACCAAUUAACAGUGUUACUCUUGUUUUAUACACUAAUCUCUACACUUGAGCACAGAGCAGCUACCUGGGACUAAGGAAGGGUACACAUCACAUUUACAAAAUCAUUCAGCAAGCUCCAGAAAAUGGACAGAGUAACCCUUUACUCUGGCUCUUUCUCCAUAGGUGGUUAAAAUCUAAUUAUUUUCUGCAUGUUGUAAGUGAGACCUGUAAGGCAAAGUGAUACAACUUCUCUUGCAGUUUUCAAAGUUACAUGUAGGAUGAAAAUGACUUUGCUCAUUUUCAAAGACUGUCUGUUAAGAGGGAAACUAAAAACCAAAACGUUGAAAUUAAAAUAUGUAAGGAUCGUCAGAAGUGAAUGUCUUUUGUGCAAGAGUACACACAUGGUCCAUUCUUUUUUCAUGAAGGAAAGAAUGGUUGAAUUGCAUAUCUGGAUAUGUUGACAGUAUUUUUUCCACAGCUAUGGAAAAACUGAUAUUAUAUUGUAUCAUAUCGCGUCAUAUCGUAUUGUAUCGUACUAUAGCAGACUGGUCUCUGCCUUCAUCCAUCCUGCAGCAUGGAGGCUUUUUCAUGGUUAUCUUCCCUACUGCUGGAUCAGGCUUCUGUUCUGUCAGAAAUAUUUUUAUUAGACCAAAUUAUAUUCAGUGCAAGUCAAAAUUUAUUAACUUGUUAGAAAGGGAAAUGGCAAGGUGACAGUAGAAUAUGCAGGUUCAAAGAGAGAGGAUGGAAAUGGGGAGGUCAUGUAAGUUGGGAGACCCAUAGCUUAUAGUAGUAUUUUAAGAGAAGGAAAACUUGAAGUUUUAUUUUACAGGAUCAUAUAAAUAUCAUGUACAUAUUUAUAAUUACAAGGAGUAAUAAGAUGAUCAGAGAUGCCAGAUACAGGAAAAAACAAGACAUCUAAGAAGAAAAUGAUAAGGAUACAUUUGGGUCUGAAAUUAGAAUAAUGAGAUUUCAUCACCCAACGGUAAUGUCAGCAGCGCCAGGUAGUAGGAAACCAUGAAAUAGUGUCAAAGAGAAGUAGAGUGCCUAGCAACAAGUUCUGAUUGUCAUCAGGUUACUAUUGCUGGGGGGGAUUUUUCUCUAGGUACAAAGUUGUAGAAUACAGUUUGCCAUUUUUUUAAAUCCAUGAUGGGUCUGAUUUGUUUUUCCCUUUGAAAGUUCAAAGCAUUGGCCUGCUUUGAAAUUGUGACUACCCAAAUCCCCAGUUAACACAGCAUGUGACCUUUUUUUUUUUUUUUUUUUAGGGGAUAAGCCAGGUACCUUUUGUAUCUACCUCCUCUCCUCCACAAGGAUGAGACUUGCUACAUUUGUGAUGAACAAGGACGAGAAAGCAAAGCAGCUACCGGUGCUUGCAUGACAUGUAAUAAACACGGAUGUCGGCAGGCUUUCCAUGUGACGUGUGCUCAGUUUGCUGGACUACUUUGUGAAGAAGAAGGUAAUGGUGCAGAUAAUGUCCAAUACUGUGGCUACUGUAAAUACCAUUUUAGCAAGCUGAAAAAGAGCAAACGGGGAUCUAAUAGGUCAUAUGAUCAAAGUUUAAGUGAUUCUUCCUCUCACUCUCAGGAUAAACAUCAUGAGAAAGAGAAAAAAAAAUAUAAAGAAAAGGACAAACACAAACAAAAACACAAGAAGCAACCAGAGCCAUCACCUGCGUUGGUUCCUUCUUUGACUGUUACCACAGAAAAAACUUAUACAAGCACUAGCAGCAACUCUAUAUCUGGAUCAUUGAAGCGUUUGGAAGAUACUGCAGCUCGAUUUACAAAUGCAAACUUCCAGGAAGUCUCUGCGCACACAACUAGUGGGAAAGAUGUUUCAGAGGCUAGAGGGUCAGAGGGAAAAGGGAAGAAAUCUUCAGCUCACAGCUCAGGUCAAAGGGGAAGAAAGCCUGGUGGCCGAAAUCCAGGAACGACUGUGUCAGCAGCUAGUCCUUUCCAGCAAGGCAGUUUUUCAGGAACUCCAGGCAGUGUAAAAUCAUCUUCGGGAAGUUCAGUACAGUCUCCCCAGGAUUUCUUGAGCUUUACAGACUCAGAUCUGCGUAAUGACAGUUAUACUCACUCCCAACAGUCAUCAUCAACCAAAGAUGUACAUAAAGGAGAGUCUGGAAGCCAGGAAGGGGGGGUAAAUAGUUUUAGUUCCAUAAUGGGUCUCCCUUCGACCUCAGCUGUUAUUUCACAGCCUAAAAGCUUUGAAAAUUCACCUGGAGAUUUGGGUAAUUCCAGCCUUCCUACAGCAGGAUAUAAACGGGCUCAAACUUCUGGCAUAGAAGAAGAAACUGUAAAGGAAAAGAAAAGAAAAGGAAGUAAACAAAGUAAGCAUGGGCCUGGUAGACCUAAAGGAAACAAAAAUCAAGAGAAUGUUUCUCAUCUCUCAGUUUCUUCUGCUUCACCAACAUCAUCGGUAGCAUCAGCUGCAGGAAGUGUAACCAGCUCUAGUCUUCAGAAAUCUCCUACCUUGCUCAGGAAUGGAAGUUUACAAAGUCUUAGUGUUGGCUCGUCUCCAGUUGGUUCAGAAAUUUCCAUGCAGUAUCGGCAUGAUGGAGCUUGUCCAACAGCUACUUUCUCAGAGUUGCUGAAUGCAAUACACAAUGACAGAGAUGACAGUUCUACACUAACAAAGCAGGAACUUAAAUUCAUAGGUAUUUAUAACAGCAAUGAUGUAGCAGUAUCCUUUCCAAAUGUAGUAUCUGGCUCAGGAUCUAGUACUCCUGUCUCCAGUUCUCAUUUACCUCAGCAAUCUUCUGGGCAUUUGCAACAAGUGGGAGCUCUCUCCCCAUCAGCAGCAUCAUCUGCAGCCCCAGCUGUUGCUACAACUCAGGCGAAUACCCUAUCUGGAUCCUCUCUUAGUCAGGCACCAUCUCAUAUGUAUGGCAAUAGAUUAAAUCCAAAUUCAUCAAUGGCAGCUCUUAUAGUUCAGUCUGAAAACAGUCAAACAGAUCAAGAUCUCGGAGACAAUGGCCGCAGCCUUGCUGGCAGAGGAAGCUCACCCCGAGGAAGUCUCUCACCGCGAUCUCCUGUAAGCAGCUUACAGAUUCGCUAUGAUCAACCAGUCAACAGCAGUUUGGAAAAUCUGCCUCCAGUAGCAGCCAGCAUAGAACAGCUUUUGGAGAGGCAGUGGAGUGAAGGACAGCAGUUUUUAUUAGAACAGGGUACUCCUAGUGACAUUUUAGGAAUGCUGAAGUCAUUACAUCAACUUCAAGUUGAAAAUCGAAGAUUAGAAGAACAGAUUAAAAACUUGACAGCCAAAAAAGAACGUCUUCAGUUACUGAAUGCACAGCUCUCAGUGCCUUUUCCAACAAUAACGACAAAUCCUAGCCCAUCUCAUCAAAUGCAUGCAUUUUCAGCACAGAAUGCUCCUACUACUGAUUCCUUGAACAGCAGUAAGAGCCCUCAUCUGGGAAACAGCUUUUUACCUGAUAAUUCUCUUCCUGUGUUAAAUCAGGACUUGACCUCCAGUGGACAGAGCACCAGCAGCUCUUCUGCUCUUUCUACCCCACCUCCCGCUGGGCAGAGUCCAGCGCAGCCGGGCUCAGGCGUUAGCGGAGUUCAGCAGGUCAAUGGUGUGACAGUGGGGGCACUGGCUGGUGGAAUGCAGACUGUAACAUCCACCAUUCCUGCAGUGCCUGGAGUGGGUGGAAUAAUUGGAGCUUUGCCAGGUAACCAACUGGCAAUUAAUGGCAUUGUAGGAGCUUUAAAUGGGGUUAUUCAGACCCCUGUCACAAUAUCACAGAACCCUACCCCCCUCACCCACACCACUGUACCACCUAAUGCAACACAUCCAAUGCCAGCCACACUGACUAACAGUGCCUCAGGACUAGGAUUACUUUCUGACCAGCAAAGACAGAUAUAUCUUCACCAACAGCAGUUUCAGCAGUUGUUAAAUUCUCAGCAGCUCACGCCAGAACAACAUCAGGCCCUUCUGUAUCAGUUGAUGCAACAGCACCACCACCAGCAGCACCACCAGCCUGAGCUACAGCAGCUCCAGAUGCCUGGGCCCACGCAAAUACCGAUCAACAACCUGCUCGCGGGCACCCAGGCGCCGCCGCUUCACCCCGCGACCACCAACCCCUUCCUCACCAUCCACGGCGACGGUGCAAGUCAGAAAGUAACGAGACUUAGUGAUAAAACUGGGCCUGUCACUCAAGAGAAAAGUUGACACUUGAGAAACCUCUAGAAAUUGCCUCUCCUGCUGCUCUAGCACUUGAUCUGGCUGCCAUUGCAGCCCUCCUACACCUAUGAAGAAAUGCGACAAGAAACGAACCGCACAGCAAAGGAUUAAUUGCCACAAGGACAUUCUUGUAAGGCUUUGAUUAAUUUUCUUGUUGCUUUGUUGCACUGAAAUGGAAUUUCCAUGCCCCCCAUCCCUCAACCCAGAUUUUUUUGAACUUUGAGAAAAAAAUUUAAUAACUAACUUUUGUCAAUGAAAUAAUUUACAUGCAAUGAAUUUAUCAACCUAAGAGAAAUUUAAUAUAGUUGGUGCACAACUCAUUUUGUUAUAAAUUGGAGAGAUGAACAGCAAAACUAAAGACGUGUUCCAUUAUAAACUUUGAUUUUGUUGUACAAGUUGGAAUAUGAAAUACAGUCUUUUGUUUGGGUUACAGUAUGCUUGCUCUGUGAGUCCGAUCUUAAGACAGAUUUUAAGGAACUGUCCCAAUUUCUUCUAUUGGAGUUUUGUUGGUUAAAUAUUGCAAAUUAAUAGGUCAUCAACUGGGACUUGGCAAUCUUUGUUCUAAAAAUUUUCUUUAUGUUGGGAUUUGGCCAGUUUUGGUAAUCAAGUUAGGCUGGUAAUGUCUGCUUCUGCUAAAGGUAAUUUUCUUUUGCUAAACACUUUUUUUUUUUUUUUAAAGUGCUUAGACCUACUCGUGUUUAAAGUUAACUACUCAUAUUUUGAGUUAAGUGAGUUCUAAGGCUGCUGGGGGAACCAGAUCAAUUCAAAGUGAAAGAUUUCUUUCAGAAAGAGGGGCCACUCUGGAAACUGCUGGCAGGGUUUGGCCUGAAUCAAGUGCCUGUUCGUACCUCCGUUGUGUUGAAACGGCUCUGGACAGCCGAGCCUGCAGCGUCGUCAGUCCUGUGAGUAGUGGGAGCAGUCGGUGCCGCACAGCAGCCUUCCCCGUGCUUCUGCCUUGAUUGAAAACUUUCUAUGCCACUGUAGAUAGCUCAGGCAAAACUAUUACCUGGGUGUUUAUCCACUAAUGAGUCACAAGAAAAAUGAGUGGAUUUGGUAAGGUUUUUAGUUUAUUUUUUUUACUUUGUUUUUCUUUGUUGUUGUUGUUGUUAAUUUAAACAACUUCCCAUUUACUGACAGUGAUUUCAAACAGACCGAACAACUGCAGUUCCUGAAACAGGUGAAAUCUGUAUUUACAGUCCUUACACUUGGGGUAGCCACGCCCCUGGGGUGACGGUAUGGCAGAGUAGAAAUUAAACAAUUGGGGAUGUAAUCACUGAACUGUUCUCAAAUGUGUGAAUUAUUAGUGGAAAAGACCCAGCUGUAAUUAGACCUCCACUGUGUACUUAGCUGGAAGAACAUGUUAAUUCUGCAAUAUGUCUCUUGGUUAAACAUUGCACAGUUCUUACCUCAUUUCUGUAAAUAAGGUUUUGUGAAUCUGUUUUGUAUUGUGAAAAAUUCAUAACAUUGAUAUUUUGAUUUGUAAUAUUUCUAAUUGGUAGAUUUAAUUGAAAAGUAAAAUUAAUUUAUUUUUAUAUGUUCAGGGGAAUUUUAAAGAAAGUCAAAUCUUUUGUAGAUAAUUAAAAAAUCGGUGUGGUUUAUUUUACUUAUUUAACCCACUGGUUGUUAUUCUGUAACAAUUUGUAUAAAUGGUAAAUUUUGAAUGUGUUGUUAUUUUACCUAGAUGUAAAAUUCCACAUGUAUUAAAGAAAAUGUACAAAGUUUUUGUUAAUAAAAUUUAAUAAUGUUUAUAA